CCGGCUGACAGCUUACCGAACAACAUUAACUCAACGAGUGUGCAUCUUUAUACUUACAGUUCUUAACUAGCAAACAAAUAAUCACAAUGUUUAAGUUGCUCGUAUUGUUUUGCUUCUUCGCAAUGGCUUUCGCCCGUCCCGGAUUUUUGCACUCGGCACCACUCCUAACCACUUACCAGGAGGAGCCACGCUUGGCCGCACUGCCCGCACUGUCUGCAUUGCCUGCUUCGGUACAUAUUGUCGAGCCAUUGAUCACCACCCAACAAAUUGUAACACCUUUGCUUCAUGGCACCAUACUUAACCGUGGCUUACACUAAUUACAGAGGAGAAACUGAAAGACCCGCAGCCGCAAGCAUAUAAUAUAUGAGAAGAAUUUAAAUUUCUGAUUAAUAAAGUGCUGCAUUGAAAAAGAAAAA